AUGAAAUUUCGGGUCUGGACCAAUGACGGUAGUUGCAUUGACCACUUCUCAAGUACGCCAAUCUCUUAUUUGCUCUUUAAAGUGGGAGUACUUUUGUGAUCCAUGUUGCUGACCUGAUUUAUCCUGCAGACCUUUUGGCGACCAUUUCGGGGCUGGCAAAGAACUGCGUCCUUCGCAUCACGAAGAGUAGUCUCAACUUCAUAAUCCGAGAACGAAGUCUGCAGGGUGGAACUGAGGCCUGGUGCGAACUUGAAACGGUAGGUUCAUCAAACUUCUAAUCCCCGCAGAGGGGUUUGGAGGCUAUUCAACCGGAGGAGUCCUGGCUUCACACUUAAAGUGCACUAGCUCAGCAAAGUUACAUAUUCUGAUAUUUCCGUUGGACAUGGGAAUGAGUGCCUCCCCGUAUUGUAGGUGGCUUUGCGCCAAAUUCAGGGCGGGGGUGCUUAUUUCUGUGUUCUAACUUUAUCCCUUGCAUUAGCCCUUUAACUCUAUCCGUAAGCCCACGCCUCGUAACCCUAAUCGCCUGAAUUUAGCACAAGGCCACAUGUAAUGCGCCUGGGGACACUUAUUUCCAUGUACUGCCGACAUUUCUGUGUAGGCGAACCCUGACUGAUUCUGUGGAGGAAAAUUGCCGUUUGCGACCUUUUAUGAUGCGACUCAUUCUUAUACCGCAGCUCAGGCCCUACUAAAAUCCUGCAACACUAGCUCUUCAUCCUACAAAAUCGUUUACAUGUGCGCAUUUUCUCCACCUUCCUGACCGACUAAGUCAUUCCUAACUUUUACAGCUUCACGAACCAGGGCCGCUCAAAUCGCAGAUCAAACGCUAGGCCCUAGUUUUAGGUCCAAUUGCAGUGCAAUGUUGUGAACGCAUGACCCAGUCAUCUAAUAAACACUGUGUUGCACUGGUUCGCAUGUCGAAUAAACGAGCCGUGAAAUUACCCGAUACACUUAGUUGUCCACUUGGCAGUCGCAUCCUGAAUUACGCUCCAGCUGGAUUAUUCAAUUCCAAACUCAUUCAGCAGCGCACAGCCUUCAGCAUGGACCAUUAUGACCUGUUUUUCUUCGAGCAUUCGCCAGUUCUAGUCUGAUGCUCCCAUUUCGAAGCCUUUUGUAUGGAUCUGUUGAAAACAGCUGCUUCCUUAGUUUAUCUACCCUUCUCCACAAAACUUCCACAUUACUUUGUCUUCCUCGCCAAUUUACGCUUGUCAUCACCAUUGUUUUCAGACAAUGUUAUGUACACCCUAAAGUCAAGUGUGGUGACCCUCCGCUCAGCCUACUACUGCCUCCAUGGAGACUAGACUGCGUUUUUUGACACUGGAACUCCACGCCUCUAGGCCAAUGCAUUCGAAUCCAAUCACUUUCAAAGGAUGAACGAGCGCACUGUUUUCUAAUCACUCCUUGUCUAUCCACUGAUUUCAGUCAUAAGUUGCUGUCAUCGCCGUUAUUUGUCCACGGAGGGCAGCGUCUCUUAAUGCAACCGUCACUACCGUCAAUAGCUUUCGAGUGGUCGCUCUUAGUGCUUUUGCGUACAAAUAAGCUAGACGUGCUCUUUAUCCUAAGGAGUUGUCUGAUUUCACCCUUCCACAGCCUAGCCUCUUCUCGGAGUCCGUGUGUGAUGGUCUGUCCGCCGAACAGGAUGAAAUUCUCCUCGAGGUGGUUCCGGAGCAGAUACUGCACUGCCUAAGAAGUGGCACUAUCAGUGCCGCCGGCGCCGGGAGCUGUACGGCAAUUGGCUCGCUAGCCUCCACGGCUGCCUCCGCUGUCUUGGCUUCUGGCAUCGCAAGAGCGACCCCUGGUAGCACCAGCAUGAACACCACGGUGCUAGCCAGAAGUCUCAAAAUAAAGUUGGUGCGCCGAAAAACUCCCUGUUUGGCCCUUGAACUCGAACAGGUUGGCCCUCCUCCACUUUCCUUUUCUCCAUGUCUCUUGUUAUCACGCCAUGUCUCCCGGACCCUUUUUACCGUUCUUUUGUUACGACGCGAUGUUAUUGUGAUGUUACACUUUUGAACAUUUGCACAAUCCCAGUCAAAACAGCACAACUUUCAGGAGGUGGUCAUCAUUACGGUAAACUUUCGAUCAGCCAGUGACGAUUCCUCGUUUACGCUGUUACAAUUACGUCUGUAGUUCUGAGUUACGUGACGCAGAAAAGCGCGUCUUUAGCAUUAUGUGGGCUCUAGGGUAUAAAAUCGAAACCUGUAAAAUUGGUCUUUUGUCAGUUCAUUCUUGCCAAAAAUAGCUGACUGCAUAAAACAGGAUCUAGGUAGGAAAGUAUAUGUUGCCCACUUUUUCAGAUUGUGGUCAAGAUAACGAGGUGUGUGGACUGGGUAUUGGUAUUACGAUUCCGCUUAUGCAAUUUUGUUUAGUUGAAAAUAUAUUUGAAAUGUUCAGUCAACGUUUUAUUCUUUCAACGCCUACGUCUGCCCGGGUUGGGAAACUCAGGCGCAUAUACCGCUAGUUCUGGUUUUUUCGUGCUGUAUCUGUCCGUAAAUCCCCGUUUACAAACCCAAAAAGGCUUCUUUUCAGAGUGUCCUUUCUAGUCGACAUCUCAGCGACGUCCGCCUUCCUCCUGCUCACUUCAACUUGACUUAAGCGCCUGUCCCACAGCUUUUCAAAGCCAUGGAAUAACUCAACCCUCUUGCUCCCAAUAGGGUAAAGCCUUCUGCUCUUAAGUUAGAAUCUUUCAUCCUGUCGACUUACAAAGGUUAAACACGGCGUUCAGUAACGGAGGGGCUCCUUCCCUUAAACAGUAAUUUUGGCUCUUUUAGGCCAGUGUCACUGGCAGAUCUCGUCCUGUCUGGCACUUUAUUCCCGUCCACAUCCUCCCGCCCCGUCUGUGGCCAGACUUUGAAGAUAUCCCCGAUCCCGAAUUUGAUGUAAGUCAUUUGUCAUUCCCGCAAUGCUUCCUUCUCGCCCCCUUUCAUUUGCACAAUUAUUAUACUCGUUUUCGUUCCAGAUCCAAUUCUCCUGUCUACUAGCUCUGCUGGCCAGCGUUACUUCUCGAUGCCAGAUAUUUUUUUUUAUGCAUAAAGCCUAAUCCACAUGUAGGCGGAUGCUGUGCCCUGAAGACCGUUUCCCGUCAUCCUGACCAAGUCUUGCCAUUGUACCAUGAUGAGAGUGCGAUGAGGGACCGGGGUUGUUGUCACUAAAGCCUUCAUCUCAGUGAUUCAACUGAGGCACAAGCUGUCACUGCCCACCCCCCCCCUCCGUUACUGGUGAUCGUCAUUGUUUGGAAGACAAGCUAUCGGCUGACUCUAUUUACCUCUGAAAUGAGAUGACUAGCAAAGGAAAAGGCACUUUAUUGCCGGCUGAUUAUGUUGUGUCGUCGGAAACUGACUAAUGUUUUCUUCAUUUUCGUCCAGCUCAGUAUAUUCCUGCCACCUGUACGAAACCUCCGGCUUUUCGUUGACAGAAUGAAGCGCUUCGCGAGGUUUAUUGUAUGUUCUAUCUUUUUUACUAAUUUCUGACGCGUUAUUGCACUUUUUAUAUGAGCCUGUCCCUUGUGCCAUUGUUUCCGUGACACAAACUCAAUAUGACCCCAAAGAGACUCGUGGGACAUUGGUAGAAUGUAUUUGACUGGCAACCGUUGCCCGAUACAUCUCGGGUCACUGACCUGUCCAGCUUGAUACUUCCUCUCUUUAUUAUCAGACUUUCCUUUCCUGCUACGCUGCUAUCUUUUACCCCCUACUGAUGCACACAUUACUACACCAUUGUUGAAAAGUGCAUGUCAUACUGCAAAGUAAACUAGUUCUGUAUGGUCGAAAGUGGACCCUUUAGAGAGAGACUCGCACGUUUCUUGCAUGCCUAAAAUUCCAUAAAUCACCUGAACUCUAUUAACGCCCGUAAAACCUAGGUUGUCCGUGCGACGGCGCUCUCGGAAUUCGGGUCAGAGAGGUAAACGUCAGUCCUCAUCAUGGUAUCCUUGCAAUGCUGUAUAGUUUAAGACACUUCCACUCUUGCGUUCAAAGCGCCAUUCAAAUAUAACUUAGCGGCAUGAAAACGGGGAUGCUCUUUAGCUAUGUAGUCAGUUUUCAAAUGAGGAAUAACUAGCAAUCAAAAGGUUGGGCUGUACUACAAACAAAAAUGAACUCCUCCCUUUUGAUCCUUGGCUAAAUCGAACUUUUAUGUCUGCCUGUUUUGAGCAGCAACAUUUGUAAAUGUUUAAUCUUUACUCAAAACUUUAUAUUCGUCCCGCUCCGCCCCCACAUUGUUUGAAAGGCCAUAUUUCGCCCAUUCGGCAGUGUCCGCACGACUUUUCACUUAAUACUAUCAGUACCAUAGCUUACGUGCAUGCCACCAACUCGUAUACUUCAAGUUGUUAUUACCUAAAGCUAAAGGAGACUGCUAACUAAAUGAAUUCGGAGUUUCUUCUUAGUGGUUUACAGAUAUAGCAGAGAUACCACCGCCUUCCCAAAGACUGUUGUCUCUCGCCCCGACGUAUCAAAUAUGCUACUUGCGGGCUCCACUUCAACCACCCCAUCGGCUUAAUACAGCAGAGGCUGACGAUGCGAAGCUAGUUAAACAGUGGUCGCACUUACUCAGUGUAAUACAGACUAGUUGCUUACUAAUUCGCCUAUUGAAAUAUGUCCUUUAUGACCGCUUUACAUUCAAAGACCUAAGUUGUCGUGUCUUGGGUGAAUACUCGAAUCAGACAAACGUGCAUUUCAUCCCUAACCUUUAUAACAGGCUGACUCUGUCGCCUGGUCUGUGACCACUAACCUCUUGACUCUUAUUCUCCCACCCAUGACAGACUGUCAGGGCCAACGGUGCCGGCGACCUCUACUUAGAAAUAAACAUGGAAACCUUGGCUAGAGUAAGGCUCACUUACCACGGUCUCCGCGCCCGUAAUUGGCAUCAGGAGCUGGACAAAAACAAUUCGAGGGCCGUCGACGUGGGAGCCACGGUGGAGCUACCUUCGGCAACUGAGUUCUCAGCCACUGUAGAUAUUCGCCGUCUGAGUCAGCUGCUAAGUAGUCAACGUAUACAGCCUAAUUGGUUUGUCUGUAGUAAGUCUGGAGCUAGUUGCUGCACUUCUCCCUCAACUUUCCUGUCCCUCUGCUGUGCUGAAGGACCCAUGGUAUUUAAUUUGACUGUGGCUUUUCUUAUGCACAUAUCAUAAGUUAAACGUUCUGAUGUGCUAUGCUAUUUAGGAAAGUGCGUCUGGUAUCGUGUUGGUUCCCAGAUGGAGCAGAGAUACCGUAGCCUUCUCUCAGAUUGUUGUUUCUCGGCGCAGCACCUUUGUUGUCUUCUCAUUUUCUUCCAAUUCAAGCAUGGAGGCGCUGAGAGCUUUUCCCUCAUUUACAGUGACACUUCGUAUGCUUUUCGUUUGGCCCUCGCAUAGUCCUUAUCAAGGUCCCGCGCAACAAAUUGUGUUUAGUCAUUUUAAUUUGGAUCAUUUUUCGUCGUUGGAAUUUUAGACUUGAUCAUAUCCCGACCACUUUGGAGGGCAAGCUUCUCUCUCUGGUCAGCGACUUACUCUUAAGACGGACCUAGGUUCAGUAGUUUCUGCUUAUAUUCAGCGAAGAUUUAAUAUCAGGGAUCAGUAUUUUCAAUAUAAUUCAUCUAUUUGACUUUCUGUCCCAGGCGUGUACAAGCGGUUUACUCACUAAUUAUAUGGCGCAUUUCUGGGUCAAAUGUCGUAAAACUCUCAUGUAUCCUAGAAAGAAACUCGGUCCUAUUGCUACACCGUCCGGCCGGGUCGUCGUUCGCAAUCAGGUAUCAACGUCAUUCUAAAGGGUCGCGAAUUGUCAGUUUUCCUAACCAUGCUGCCCACCUAACCCCCUCUCCCCGUAACAUAAAUCGCGCGGUCAGAAGGUACAGCACCCAAGUAAAGAUUUUCUCCAAAAGCCCGUGUAUGUUUUGCGACAGUUUUAUGCCCGAGGCAAGCGUGCAUGGGGGAUGCACCAUAAUUGGCCGUUUACGCUUGCAGUCUCCUUAGGUACAUUACUGGCUGUAUUUUCAGUUCUACACGCAUGUAGCCGAACCUGACGGUUGUACAGAUCAAGUCUAUGACGUCCGUACCUUUUGUAAAAUCAUACCACUCAGCCAGUUUUGGGGGCGUGGUUCCACUUUUCCCUACGAGUAUUGAGCCGAAAUACUGACAGCAAAGCUUCCCCACAAUGCCUCCUCUGUACUGCAGCAUGCGUAAGGUAGGUAUUGAACUGCUGUACUUUUAAUGUUUACGUAAUGCUUCCGUGGGCUUGUGUCUAGAAAAUUUGACUGUUAUGAACUGGAGGCGAAGGACAAACUUUUUCAUAGCUUCAGUUGAUCCCCGCUAACCACACUAUAGUAAGCAAUAGCCACGUACAAAAUUAGGGAGGUAUGACCGUGCUCCGCAUUAGCAUGUAGGCAGAGCCACUGAUACUCUGAUGCACUCUAUCGGUAGUGCAUGACGCAAAUUCAUUCCAAAACAGUCGCCCACUUGCUCUGCUGCCAAAGCACCGGCCACAUGUGUGCGUAUGUGGUCGUGAUUUGGUAAACGUUGGAGUCAGAUGUCGAGGUUGGUCAGGCAGUGAAAUAGUAAUCGGCAGUAAGCAUUCUGCGCAUUCCUGCUUUCGGUUUCAAAAAACCACCCAACCAGAUUAAUGCCACCAAUUUCAGAAAAGCUGCUUCCUUUGCCUUUAUUGGCAUCAAAAUACGGGACAGGGCUCUGCUCGUUGUGCAACCUUAAUAACUGUUGUAGAUUGUUUACACAAGCUACUUUUUUACUUUUGUUGUUUUCCCCCUUGUGUUUAGAUAUUGUGAAUGAGCACCUUCUUCAGUUCGUUCUUCUGUUUGAGAGUGCUCGCCUAAAGUAUACGCUACCGGCGUCCAGACUCUAA